AUGUUACAACUUUCGUUUUACUUAUGUGUCUUAUCAUUACAAAGUGAAUUUGUUUGGAGUAAAAGCACAAGUAAAGAUGUUAAAAUAAUAGGAGGAAUCGAUGCAGAAAAUGGUCAAUUUCCGUAUCAAAUUUCUCUUAGAUAUAAUAAUCGUCAUUCUUGUGGUGGCUCUAUCAUAAAUUCACGUUGGAUUCUAACAGCAGCUCAUUGUAUCCAUAAUAACAUCCCAAAAAAUUAUACGGUCGUGGCAGGUACAAACUUAUUGGAAACAGGAGGAGAUGUGUAUACUUUAGAAAAAUUUGUUGAACACGAAAGAUAUAAUCCACAACUUCUCAAGAAUGAUAUAGCACUUUUAAAAACGAACGAAGAAAUUAUGUUUAACGAGAACGUUACUAUAAUGCGAUUACCCCCUGAAGAUACUCUUGAUGGAGGAUUAAAUUUUACAUUAUCUGGAUGGGGAUUAACAGCGAUGUACGGCCAACCACCCAAUAAAAUGCAAACAAUCGUUUUACAAUCAAUAACAAACCAGGAAUGUUACGCCAAAUAUUUUCACUUGGAACUAGUUGGAAUGUUAUCUUCUUCAAAUAUUUGUACUUUAAAUAAGGAAGGUGAAGGUGCCUGUUAUGGUGAUUCUGGAGGACCUCUAGUUUUCAAAGGUUAUCAAGUAGGAAUCGUUUCAUGGGCUAUUCCUUGCGCUAGAGGAAGACCCGAUGUUUUUACAAGAGUUUAUAGUUACAUGGACUGGAUUGAAAAUCACACAGCUAAUUCUUAUUAAAGAUUUGCUUCUUAUUUAAAGGUUAUAAAAAAAUCGAAUAAAAUAAUACUUUAAAUUU